AGGUCCCGUCGGGUUUUAUUCCUAACCUCACUGUUUGGUUCUUGUUCGCUUUGUAUCCGCAAUAUUUGGUAGAAUUGUGCUAGUUCUGUUCUGAUUUUUCCCUUGCUUCCUGGACACAAUGGGCGACGGUGAGGGUGAUCACUUAACUCUAGCUACUGGCGGAUACGAUCAUACAAUUAAAUUAUGGCAAGCACACACGGGGAUUUGUUUAAGAACGAUGCAGCACUCAGAUUCGCAAGUUAAUGCCCUGGAAAUCACCCCUGGACGUACAAUGUUGGCAGCAUGUGGAUAUCAGCAUAUCCGGCUCUAUGACAUGAGUGCUCAGAACAACAAUCCACUUAUUAAUUUUGACGGGGUUACGAAGAACAUCUCAAGUGUGGGCUUCGAAGAAACUGGCAAGUGGAUGUUUACCGGUGGAGAGGAUCACCAUGUGAGGAUUUGGGAUAUGACUUCAAAUAAUCCAGCAUGUAAGAGGAUGUUCGACUGUAUGUGCCCCAUAAAUUCCGUCUGUCUGCAUCCAAAUCAAGUGGAGAUGGCUAUAGGAGCUCAAAAUGGGGCCGUCUACCUCUGGGAUGUCAAGUCCGAUGCCCAUGAGCAACUCAUUCCGGAGGUGGAUGCCUCCAUUCAAUCAAUUGCAAUUAGUCCCAAUGGGGCCCUCAUGGCGGCUGUUAAUGUCAAGGGGAAUUGCUACAUUUGGAGUCUCAAUACGACAUCCAGCAGCAAAUUGAGUGUCCUCCAGCCAAAACACAAACUCGAUGCACACAAAAAAUAUGGCCUGAAGUGCAAAUUCAGUCCAGAUUCCAGCCUCCUCCUCACAACUUCAGCUGAUGGUACGGCAAAAUUGUGGAACACCAGCGAUUUUACUCCAUAUCGUGAGCUAAAAAUUGAUUCAAAGCGCUGGGUCUGGGAUGCUGCCUUCAGUGCUGAUUCACAGUACCUGUUCACAGCUUCCUCUGACGGAUUAGCGAGGCUGUGGAAUAUCAGUACACAAGAAGUCGACCGGGAGUACAUUGGACAUCAGCGUGCCAUCACUGCACUCGCUUUUAGAGAUGAUGUGGUGGCGUGAAGUUCCUCCUCUUCUCUGGGCCGCGCAGUUUAUCAUUUUCAUUGUCAAUGUGAUUUUGUAAGUUAGAUGAUUUUUCGCUUCUUCUUUUUUUUUGUACAACUCCACCUUCAUUAGAUGUUGAUCCUUAAGAGUUUUUUUAAGCCAUAAGUAAGGAGAAAAAAAAAAUAAAUGAGAGACAAUUAAAGUACGUGCAAGUGGA